AUGGAGCAACUGAAGCCUCCAGACCAUCUUUCGAUGGAAGGAAAUCUUGCGGAGAACUGGAAGGAGUGGAUACAAGGUUUUGAGCUUUAUCUAACAGCAACAGGAAUUGCAGAGAAAGCCGAGAAAAUACAGGUAGCUACUUUCUUGCACGUGGCCGGCAUCGAAGCACGCCGUGUUUAUAAUUCUUUCGGUCUCGAAGGCGAAGAUACGGAAAAGAUAGAUAUAUUGAAAACUAAGUUUAAAGAGUACUGUGAGCCUCGUAAGAACUUGACAUACAUUAGACAUGUGUUUUUCACACGGAAUCAGGGUCAGGACGAGCCCAUAGACAAUUAUGUGACAGAUUUAAAAAAUAAAGCGCAGCCUUGUGAAUUCGAACAUAUAACGAACGGAUUAAUCAGAGACAGAAUAGUGUGUGGUAUUCAGGAUGAAGCAUGUCGUGCACGUUUAUUAAGAGAAACUGAUUUGACACUGAGCAAAGCAAUCGAUGUGUGCCGAGCUCAAGAAAUGAGUACAAAACAGUUAAAAUCUCUGAAAGGAUCUGAGGAACAGUCCAUAGCAGCCAUACGUAAGUCAAAUAGUGGCCGGAAACUCAGCUCACAAAAGAACACAAAACAUGAUAAACAAAGAACUGAAAAUCAAAGGCCUGACAGUACUGGAGGUAAGCCAUGUCGCAAUUGUGGAAGAAAACAUUUGACUGGUGACUGUCCUGCAUAUGGAAAAAUUUGUCAUCGUUGUCAGAAGAAGAAUCAUUUUGCGAAAUAUUGUUUAUCAAAACAAUCGACAAGUGCAAAGAAGAUUCACACUGUACGAGUACCACAUGACAGUGACUCAGAUGUGGAUACAGAACUUUUCAUUGGAACCUUACAGAUUAACACCGUGGAUCAAGAAAAGAGUGAUUGGAUCGAGACAUUGACAAUUAAUGACCACAAAGUAAACUUCAAACUGGACACUGGUGCUCAAGCGAACAUUCUUCCAAAACAUGUUUUUGAUCAGUUAGACUUAAAUGAUCAGCAGCUAACACACACGAAGGUCAGAUUAGUCACAUAUGGUGGAGCCGAGAUAACACCGAAGGGAACCAAGAUUCUGGAAUGUUCUGUGCGUGGCAGAAAAUAUGACUUACCAUUUUUCAUCGUCAAUACAAAGGCACAGGCAAUACUUGGCAAAAAUGCUUGUUCGGAGAUCGGAUCUAUUGUGCGAGUACAUUCUGUUGAAAAACAGUUGACAAAGGAGGAUGUACUCACUACCUAUGAGGAUGUUUUCAAAGGACUAGGUGAGCUCCCUGGGAAACACCACAUCAACAUUGAUGAAACCAUUACUCCGGUCAUACAUCCACCGCGAAAAGUUCCUGCAGCAAUACGUGACAAGGUAAAAACAGAUCUUGAGAGAAUGGAAACACUAGGGGUUAUCACGAAGCAAGAUGAGCCAACUGACUGGGUACAUAGUCUAGUUACCGUGCGCAAACCAAACAAGAUAAGACUUUGCAUCGAUCCAAAGGAUCUGAACCGUGCGAUUAAGAGAGAGCACUACCACUUACAAACAGUUGAAGAAGUGAUCGAAAAGCUGCCACGAGCUAAAGUGUUUUCGAAGUUCGAUGCCACCCAUGGUUUCUGGCAUAUCAAACUUGAUGAGCCAAGUUCUAAGUUAUUGACAUUCAAUACCCCGUUUGGCCGGUAUAGGUACUUACGUUUGCCUUUUGGAAUAAGCUCCGCGCCGGAAGUGUUCUCGAAACGGGUACAGGAGAUGUUUUCUGACUUGAAGGGCGUGGAAUGCAUUGUCGACGACAUCUUAGUGUGGGGUGAGACCACUGCGGAACAUGAUUCCCGUGUACAACAGAUGUUACAACGGUGUUGCGAAAUGAACUUUAAGUUAAAUAAGAGUAAGGUGGAGUUCCGUGUACCAGAAGUGAGGUACGUAGGACACUUGAUUACGGACAGUGGUAUCAAAGUAGAUCCCGAGAAAGUUCGAGCGAUAGUGGAUAUGCCUUCACCAACAGAUGUAUCAGGAGUGAAACGGGUGUUAGGUGUUGUUCAGUAUGUAGCGAAAUUCAUACCGAACUUGUCUGACGUGACAGCUCCACUUCGUACGCUCCUACAACAAGAUGUAGAAUGGCACUGUGAUUCGCCUCAGCAGGAGAGCAUCAGCAGACUGAAACAGUUAGUUUCCAGCUCACCGGUACUAAGUAUAUACGAUGUACGCAAGCCAGUAACCAUUUCAGGCGACGCAAGCACAAAAGGUCUAGGAGUAGUACUUCUCCAGGAUGGGCAUCCUGUAGCAUAUGGAUCACGUGCGCUUACAGAGACACAGAAGCGGUAUGCUCAGAUUGAACGUGAGAUGUUAGCAAUAGUGUAUGGAUGCGAGAAGUUUCAUCACUACAUUUACGGGCGAAGUGUGACUGUGGAAACAGACCAUAAACCCCUCGUCGCAAUCUACAACAAGCCACUUUACCGAGCGACUCCGAGACUUCAGCGAAUGCUUAUGAAGCUACAGCGCUACGAUCUCAAGCUAGUGUAUGUACCAGGUAAAGAGAUGCAUAUCUCAGAUGCAUUGAGUCGGUCUUACCUGAAAGAGACUCCCGAGAUUCUCGUUGAUGAUGAGAUAGAUGUAAAUUCGAUUGAGGCACAACUUCCUGUGUCCCCUGAAAAACUGCAACAGCUCAAAGAGGCAACUGCUGCAGAUGAGACAUUACAGACGCUGAAGAAUACGGUAUUGGUUGGUUGGCCAGUUGAACGGUCGAGUGUUCCGUUGAAUAUCAUUCAAUACUGGAAUUACCGAGAUGAAAUAACAGCCAUUGAUGGACUCUUGUACAAAGGCCAACGACUUAUGGUACCGAUCAGCUUGAAAACCGAGAUGCUGAAUAAGCUACAUGAAGCCCACCUGGGCAUAGUAAAAACACAGACACGAGCACGAGAAAUACUAUUUUGGCCAAAGAUGAACCAGGAUAUUGAAAACUUUAUUGGACAAUGUGCAGUGUGUAACAAGUACAGGAAUUCUAAUUGUAAGGAACCAUUGAUUCCUCAGGAGAUUCCCUCGCGCCCAUGGGCCAAAGUCGCAGCUGAUAUGUUUCAUUUCAAAGGUUCGGAAUACCUUUUGUGUGUCGAUUACUAUUCCAAAUAUCCGGAAAUAGUCCGAAUGCCUACAACAUCCAGUUCACAAACAAUCACUGCAUUUAAAUCUGUGUUUGUUCGUCAUGGCAUUCCGACUGAACUAUUCACAGACAACGGACCUCAGUUCUCAAGUUACGCAUUCAAGAAGUUCGCUACCGAUUGGGAUUUCAUUCAUACCACCUCAAGUCCCAGAUACCCACAAUCAAAUGGACAGGCGGAGAGGUGUGUUCAGACUGUAAAGAAUCUGCUCAGAAAAGCUGAUGAAUCUGGAUCUGACAUCUACACAAGUCUUAACUACCGCGCAUCACCGAUUGAUGGAGUAGGACUUUCACCAUCCCAGCUACUCAUGAAUAGACAGUUGCGUACUAAGAUACCAAUAACAUCGGACAUGUUGAAUCCUAAAGUUGUCGAAUCCUGCAAGCCGAAACUUGUCGCACGCCAAGAGAAACAAAAACAAUAUUAUGAUCGCCAGUCCUCAACUUUGCCAAGCAUCAACAGAGGUGAAAUUAUACGUGUACAGAAAGAUUCCAAACACUGGGAACCUGCUGUAGUAGAUCAGGAACAUUCGGACCGAUCUUAUGUAGUGCGCACAGGAGAUAACAAGCUUUAUCGCAGAAACCGCAGACAGCUGCUCAAAACUGGUGAAACUACCUUGCCAUCGGUUGUCCCAGAUGACACAUGCACCGAAUCGAUGUUGGAUAAGCCGCCUCAGCCGCAACCGAGCCAAUCAGAUUCGUUUUCCGCUCCGCGUCAAGAACCGAGACCACAGCGUACAGUGAGACGACCUAAAUAUCUUGAGGACUUUAUUUGUUCAUAA